UCCUACGCGAUGACUCGCGCCGCAUCGUCGCUCGCGCACCAGCAGGUGGCGCUAUCACGCGCAUACCCACGCGCUCCGCUCUGCCAAACAUGGCGGCUUCAGCAGAGAGGCAGCGGCCGAGGGACCAGCCGCUCAUUGAAGGAGAUGCGGAUCCAAAGAGAAAUGAUAUUUUACGGGCAAAAAAUGAAGGACAGGAGUUGAGUAAAGAAGAGAAACAGAGGCUGAGAAAGGAGAAGAAACAGCAGAAGAAGAAGAAGAAGGACGAUGGGUGUCCCCCGGACAGCCAGGCAGAAAAGCAGCCUGUAGCCCCUGGGUCAUCACAGGCUGCACAGACGCACAUCCAGCAGGCUGCACAGACGCAGAAAGCCCCUGUAUCGGCCCCCGCUUGUGAUGCCUCCACGCCUGCCGACAAACCUCCCAAGAAUAAAGCAGAGCGAGCAGAGAGACGCGCGCGACAGGAAGCAGACCGAGCCAACAAGCAGACUAGAAAGGGAGAUCCCGCCUCCCAGGUGCCUAUUGGCAAAUCCAAGCCACCUCCAAGUGAAUCUCAGCCAGUGGUGAAACGACUGCCAGAACACGUUCAGGUGGAUGAUCCCGCAGCUGUGAGGAAACUGGCUAAAAAAUUGGAAAAGCAGCAGAUCCCAGUGAGGUCAGAGUAUGGCUACAAAGUGUCUUUAUUCUCCCACUUACAUCAGUAUAGCCGUAAGGCACCUCUUACUCAGCAAAUCAGCAUUCCAAAUAUGGUGAUCCACCCUUCUGUCGUGCGGCUGGGCCUGCAGUACUCUCAGGGUAUCGUGGCAGGCUCCAACGCCCGCUCCAUCGCCCUGUUACACGCCUUCAAACAGGUUAUCCAGGACUACAGCACCCCUCCCAAUGAGGAGCUGUCCCGAGACCUUGUAAACAAACUGAAGCCCUACAUCAGUUUUCUCAAUCAGUGUCGCCCCCUGUCAGCCAGCAUGGGAAAUGCAAUCAAGUAUAUCAAAAAGGAAAUAUCCAAUAUUCCAAAUAGCUUCAGAGAGGAAGAGGCCAAGUCCCACCUGCAGAACUGCAUCGAUAAUUAUAUCGAGGAGAAGAUCAACCUGGCAGCCAAAGCCAUCUCAAAGUUUGCCAUUGAGAAGAUCAGCGAUGGCGACGUCAUUCUGGUCUACGGAUGCUCAUCUCUGGUCAACCACAUCCUGUGUGAUGCUUUUGAGAAGGAGAGGAAGUUCAGGGUGAUCGUGGUGGACAGCCGGCCUAGGCUGGAGGGCAGGGAGGCCCUGCGGAGGCUGGUGAAGAUGGGCAUCCGGUGCACCUACGUCCUCAUUUCUGCUAUCUCCUACAUCCUGCCUGAGGUGUCCAAGGUCUUCCUAGGAGCGCACGCACUCCUAGCCAACGGCUACGUCAUGUCGCGUGUGGGGACAUCCCAGAUCGCCCUGGUGGCCAAGGCCUACAACGUGCCUGUGCUGGUGUGCUGCGAGACGUACAAGUUCUGCGAACGCGUGCAGACGGACUCCUUCGUGUCCAACGAGCUCGAUGACCCUGACGAGCUCAUGGCCACCCGGAAGGGGAAGACACAGCUGGAGAACUGGCAAAACGUGCGCCUGCUGGGCCUACUGAAUCUCGUGUACGACGUGACGCCCCCCGACUUCGUGGACCUGGUGAUCACUGAGCUGGGCAUGAUCCCCUGCACGUCUGUUCCAGUGGUGCUCAGGGUCAAGAACGUGGACCAGUAAGCCUAGCUCCCGCCCAUCUGUGUUCUACACAGUGCUUCCUAUUUCAAAAAUAAAAUUAUUUCAAAUGGC